CCGACACUAGAAAGGAAAAAAGAAACGGGGUCGAUGGAAGAUGAUUUUGGCGAUUUGUAUGCGGACGUUGUCGACGGAUUGCACAUUGAACCAGAACAGAAUAGCCCUACCGAUGGCUCCAAAAGCACCGAGGCUGAUGAGAAGUUCAUUGUGGAUUCAGUUAUGCAAUAUAGUGACAGCGAGGACGAUUUGAACAUUGUCUUGAACGAUGAUGAGUGCGAGAAGUUUCCGGUCACCGGCGCUAGGAGUCACAGUGGUGGCUUUGAAGAGAAUGAAAAUGGCGAGUUUGGGGUGGAGGGAACGACGUCGGAUAAGAUUUCAAGGCGGUUGAAAAGUGACGGGUCGGACCUGAAUCCUAGUGGGAAUGGUGUAGAAAGGGGGAGUGGGACUAAAAUUGAGUUUCGUUCACACUUAAAGUAUGCGAGACUUCAUGGAUCAUCUUUUGCAAGUAAUAUAAGGGUUAAUGGACUUACUGGUAUGUCCUCAUUCUCUUCUAUGUCAAGAAGUGGUGAUAGGGAAGAUGAUGUUUAUGACCAAAAGAUGGUCGCUUCCAUGAAACCAUUGCCACAUCAAUUUGGAUAUGGUUUUUCCCUUCCAUGGUAUAGGACAAUAUUGGAUGUAAAUAUUGAUGCAUUUGAGGAGAAACCUUGGAGGCAUCCUUGCGCAGAUAUAAUAGAUUUCUUCAAUUUUGGAUUCAAUGAGGAUAGCUGGAAAGAAUACUGUACCUCCCUGGAGAAAUUUCAGCAACAGUCGUCAAAGCAGGCUAUGAUUCCUUCUCAUUAUUCUUCAAAAUUUGACCAGGCUUAUGAAGGUGAGGCUGGUCAUGAGAGAGUAACUCGAGGAGCUAUGACCGAGGAUGUAGCCAAAAUUGACUCGUCAUUAAAAUUUGCUGAUAGAGGGGAGAUGCUCUUGCAAUUGCCAAAAGGGAGAGCAAUUCAAGUUGAAGACAGCAUCAACGAACGCCAACCAUCCAUGGAAAUAAGACGUCUGCGUUUUCAAGAUUCUGAUGUUAUUAUACAGAUACCUGUGCAGGAUUCCACUGUGGAUUCAUCCAAAUCUGCAAAGGAGGAACUAGGUCCUGCUAGCAAGUCUGAUGUCUCAGAAUCUGGGAAAAUGGAUCAGGUUGAUAGAGACGCUUGCUUUUCUGUUAGUGCUAGCAGCGUUGAACUGAAAGGAGAGCAUUAUGCAAGGGUCAUAAAUGUGUCCACAUCUUCUUUGGGGAGGUCGUUGUCAGCAUCUAAUCGAACUUCACUUGAGCCUGGUGGUCACAGAAAGGAAAAUGUCUCUGAUAUGAAUGAAAAAUGUCAUUCAAAUAUGGAAGUUUGCAUUUUAGGAGGAACUGCUGAAGCAAUUGAAAGAAAAAAUAAGGGAAAUGAAGUGGCCUUCAGAAAUACCCACCGACCAGAUACCUACAUUACUGAAACCAAACUAUCACAUGACAAUCGAAGUCAUUUUAGCCCCACAUUUUCCUUUUCUGAAAAUAAUUCUGAAGAAAGAACCGAAGAUAGUGUUCACACUGCUUAUGUGGAAACCCAAAGUCCAUCAAGAAGAAAAUCAAUAGGUUCCGGAACUGGAUUACAGAAGUCAGUUGAUCAUAAGGGCACCAGAAGUGGUAGCCACAAAAUAAAAUCAGAUGAUGGAGAAGAUUUUUCAGUACGUAAAAUUCCCUUGAGAGACAAGCAAAAGAAUGGGAGUUGGAGACACCGGCAUCAUGUGAAAGAGAGGAUCUUGGUCGAAGGUGAUGAUGAGUAUGACACAUAUCGAUCAUCAGAUGGAGAGGGUGUUUGGAAAAGAUGUCGAAGACAUGGAAAUCCCAUUGAGGAAAAAUGGAAGCAUCACCAUGGUAGGCCUAACGGUAUUAUCAACCAGAAGAUAUACCCUAAAAACUGUUAUGAAGCUUCUCAUUCAUCAAAUGCAAGGGAACUCUGUUAUAAAUACCAAUCAUCUGUUUACCAUGGGAAGCGAAAAGAAAGAUCGGAAGAUCUUUUUUAUCAUGAUAAAGAAAGUUCCUCGUACUACUGGGAUAAAAAACUUUAUGUUAACAGCAGUAAAAGAUUCACUGACAGCCAUCUUUCUGCAUUUGAUGGAAAAGCUUAUUUUCGCUUUAGAAAGGAAUCGGAUCAGUUUGCUAGAAAAAUCUGGAAUGAGGAGUUUUAUCAUGAAAGAAAAGGUUACAAAGCUAAAGAAGAUGAUAUGGAUGGGUUUUUGUAUCACGGACGAAGACGUCCUGGUCAGAAGAGUCUGGUUCCUCACACUUAUGGAGAAUCUGAGACUGAGAGUUUUGUUUCAAGGUAUUCCUCUGCUUCUGCAGAAAGGAAUAUUCAAUGGAAAAGGAGAAAUAACAGACUGAAAUUUAGAAAGAAAACUGAUCACGGUGAUUGCCCAUUAGAUUGUAAGCAUGAAGAUGAGUGGUUAAAACAAAAGUAUGGUACAUCUAUUUCAUUCACACAUUCUGAAAGGGGUAUGGUUGAACCAUAUGAGAGGCGCAGACCACCAAUCAGGAGAGAUGCACAAGUUUCUGGCAGAAAAGGUAGAUAUGUUGACGGUGCCUAUUUCCAUUUGGGUAGAUCAGGGCCUACUGAAAGUGAAGAUGAGUAUCAGAGACACACGCAUAGUAGAUAUCUGGCCUUGGAAACUGACAGAGAACUAUCUGCACAUAAUAGGUGGUUUAAUACUGUAUCAUCAAGAAAUGAGGAAUAUCACUCCAAUCUAAUUGAAAGAUGCCAUAGACAUCAGAGAUUAGUAUAUCAUGAGGAAGACCUAGAUGGUUCUUGGUUCAGUUCCUAUAAUUAUACCGAUGACCAUGAUUUACAAAAUGAUAAACAAGUUCAAUCACAGGGAGAAGGUCGUAGUAAGCAAUCUAGAGUACUACACUGGAGAGAGGAUAAAUUACUUGUAAAUGAUAAAUUGUUUAAUCAAGGGGUGUCUUUUUCUUAUGAAAAGUCUUCUAAGCAUGAUUUAAUUCAUGCUAGGCAUGGAUCACUUAGGGAUGAGAUGUUUCUUAAUGAUUCAAUGUUGGAGCAUCAUGGAUAUGAAAUGAUAAGUGAAAGAAAUCCUGCCACUUGUCUUAAAAGAUCUUUUAUUAGUUAUAGAGGUGAGCAUGAGCAGGAGUUCCCGAAGGACAGGGACCCAGCUGACUUGAUUGUUGGGGAAGGAAAGCCUUCUGUGAGACAUUCAGAUAGUAGAAGCAAAGUAUGCAACGGAAGGCUAAAAAAAAUGGGCUCGGAACAUCCGAACAAGCAGAAAUCUGUUAUGGAAUUUGAUGACUCGUAUGGAAGCAAAGAAGUUAAUAUGAACAUCCCGAAUACGGAUGGCAUAAGGAAUAAUGAGAAACAGUUUAGUAAGUUUUCAGUUGCAGAGUGCAACAAAGAUUUGGAUAUUGAGGAGGGUCAGAUUAUAAAUGAAGAGCAAAUUUCAGAAGACACUGAUCUGGAAAAGGAAAAUGCUUCCGAGACAAUGAUGCAAAGUAACAAGAUAACGGUGAAAACGUUGCUCGUUGAUGAUGCUUCUGAGAAGAAUGGAGCUGUGGUUGAAUGUGAAAACAGACGGAUACUGGAGACACUGGCAAAGAUGGAGAAAAGAAGGGAACGGUUUAAGGAUCCGAUCACCGUAAAACGUGAACCGAACAAGACUUCUGCUCCCCAAGUUGACCAGACUGAUGAAACAAAGAGACGGAGGCCUGCUCGAAGGAGGCAGUGGGGGGUAAGUUAGCGUUUAGUUUACUUCAUACAAUCUUACUGGAAAUGGUAGUCACCUGGUUUUCUUGGAGAUCUGGAUGGAUUGCAAUCAGGAUGAUUAAUUACCACUCUUAAUCUGCAUGCAUAUUUCAGAACAAGCAAGAUUUUCGUUCUCCUUUUUGAGGGGCAAGUAAUGUCAAUGGUAUAUUCCUCUAAAGUUCACAAUGAUCAUGUUUGUUCCAUAUACUACAACAUUGCAAAAAAGAAGUUGGGGUAAAUUUUGAAGUUUUGUGGUGGUUACAAUUCUUUGUCUAGCCAACAGUAUACGAU